GCUCGUGAAUGGUCGAAUGAAUGGACGAAGAGGGUUGAAGGAAGGAAAGAUACACAAAACGAUGGGUAGGGAGAGGGAAGAGAGCGAGUAUGUCCGUGCUGUGAAUGGCUGCCUGCGCACCCUGCUCUCCAUUCAUACCCUUCCCAGGAGGAAGCCCACGUUCGUUAUGUUACGUUAUGUUUUUAUGCUACACCAUUCGUCAGUUGUGAACGAGAAACAGAACUGAACGGAUCGUCGCGUCACUCUGCGCCGCUUGUCGCUCGGAGUGUGUUACAGUCGUUUUCAACGCCAACAAAACUAAACUAUUAGAAACACUGCUUCUAUUCAACUGGGUGCAUUUGUGUGCGUGUGUGAGUGUUUAGAAGAGAAACAAAAAACAAGUGACUGAAGCUUUGCCAUACCUACGUGAGCCGUGGACUUUGUGCCACCAGUGUGUACCGUUCAGUCGUUCUGUGCCAAAAAAUCGAACAAGUGCAAUAAGUGGUGCGACAAACAUGCCUCGGCCAUCGCGCGAUUCGUACGGCGACCAGAAGCCCCCGUACUCGUACAUCUCGCUGACCGCCAUGGCCAUCUGGUCGUCGCCGGAAAAGAUGCUCUCGCUCAACGACAUCUACCAGUUCAUCACCGACCGCUUCCCGUACUAUCGCACCAACACGCAGCGCUGGCAGAACUCGCUCCGGCACAACCUUAGCUUCAACGAUUGCUUCAUCAAGGUGCCCCGGCGGCCCGACCGCCCCGGCAAGGGUGCGUACUGGACGCUGCACCCGAAAGCGUUCGACAUGUUCCAGAACGGCAGCCUGCUCCGUCGGCGAAAGCGCUUCAAGCUGCACCAGACCGACAAGGAGUGUCUGAACGAGGAGUUUAUCGCGCUCGCCAACAUGAACCGCUUCUUCAUGGCGCAGAGCACCGGGGCACCGACCUACCACCAUCACGAGCAUCCGGCCGCCGGUUACUAUCCGCCGCUGGUGGAACCGCUCGGCGGCAGCAGCAGCAGCAGCAGCAUCUCGCCGGGUGGCAUGGUUUACGCACCGAUCUCACCGCCCCUAUCACCGCCGGACGAUCUGGCCGGCACACCGCACACCGGUACGGAAUCGCCCGUGACCGUGCCGACCCUGCCAGCGGUCCCAACCGCCACGGCCGCGACCACAACCACCGUCCCACCCAAACCAAAGCGAUCCUUCACGAUCGAAAGCCUCAUCGAACCGGACAGCAGCUCGUCCUCGGACUCGGAAGAAAGCACGGACCGGGCCCAGCCACCGUACCAGCUGCAGCAGCAGCACCAGCUAGAGCACCUACGCCAUCUAAGUCAGCAGCAGCUCGUGAGCAAUCUGACCGCGUUCAACGAGUACGCGGCCGCUGUCCAGCAUCAUCAGCAGCAGCAACAGCACCAGGCGGCGGUGGCCGCAGCAGCAGCAGCUGCCGCCGCACUGGGCACCACGUACGGCGGAAGUGUUCCGCUGCAUCCGCUACUGUUACCGCUCGGCAAGAUGCAAUCGCCCGCCACCUACUUCCUGCACUCCGGCCCCGCUCCCUACCACCACCACCAUCAUCAUCCGCACCAUCAUCAUCACCAUCAUCUGGCUCAUCUGUAUCCGGGACAUCUGUCGGCGAGCUCGGCUGCAGCGGUGGCAGCAGCGACCACCAACGGUCACCCUGCCCAUCAUCGCCAUCCGCACGAGCUGGGACCACCGUCGCUAGCGAUCGCUUAAAACCCGGGACCUUUGGUGCGGAAGCGUACUCCAGCUUUAAGCAGCAUCCUCGACGAAUCGGCAAAUGGGCAAAGGCAGAACCGCACCGGUCGUCCUGCGACCGGUUCUAGAUGCUCCUUUACUGGCAGGGUUCGAGUGUGUAUGUUCGACUGAAUUGUGAUGUUUUUUAGUUUUGUGUUCGACGUAAUAUAUUAUUAGAUUUUUAUUUUUGACUCUUGAUGUUAAGUGCUUAGUUUAGAGACAAGAAGGGAAGGACCGAUAAUUGCAUUUUAUGAGAGAAGGAGAGGCGAUGGCAAGACACGGUAGUCAGAGAGAGAGAGAGCCUCCAGAACCAGAACUGUACCGUAAAUAAAAGUUUAUUUUAUUCCUCGCUGA